AUGGGAGCACCUUUGAAGAUCCUUAAUCUGUCAUUUAAUAAUCUUACAGAAUUACAUCCAAGGGUCCCUAAGCCAUUAUCUUCAUUGAUUCAUCUUCAGGGAAAUUCCAUUUGUGAACGCAAACUUUUGGGUCUUCGAGACUGGCUAGCCUCUUCAGCCAUUGCUGUAAACAUCUGUUGUCAGAAUCCCCUAUCUAUGUGGGGCACAGCAUUAUGUUAUAUUAAAUGGACUGACAUUACAAAUUGUACUUUACCUUCGACAAAUAUAUCCAGAGCUUGGGCUGUAAAAUCUCUUCAUAUUCAUCACGAGACCACUGCACUAAUGAUGGCCUGGCAUAAAGUAACUGCAAGUGGAAAUCAUUUGGAAAACACUGUGACCGAGAGCAUUACCAUCUGGGAGCGGAUUCGUGCUUCAUCUGCCACUAGGUUUUUUCAAGAGAAUACAUUUGGUAAUGCAUUAGAGACGACCACAGUUUUACCUGUGCAAAUACAGCUUACUCCUGUUAAUUUGAACUUGGAAAAAACUCGUGUUCUACCAACUGAUGCCUCUUCUGUGUCAGGAAAAACAUCUCUAAUUUGUACUCAAGAAGUUGAGAAGUUGAAUGAGGCAUUUGACAUUUUGUUAGCUUUUUUCAUCUUAGCUUGUGUUUUAAUCUUUUUUUUGAUCUACAAAGUUAUUCAGUUUAAACAAAAGUUAAAGGCUCUAGAAAACUCAGUGGAAAACAGACUUGAGUAUUACAGCUUUUAUCAGUCAGCAAGGUAUAAUGUGCCUACCUCAAUUUGUAAUACCUCCCCAAAUUCUUUGGAAAGUCCUGGCUUGCAGCAGAUUGAACUUAAACAAAUUGUUCCUGAUAACGAGGCACAGGUCAUUCUCUUUGAACAUUCUGCUUUAUAACUCAACUAAAUAUUGACUGUAAAAAGCCCUG